AUGAAGCCAGCAAAGCAUGUGUUAGCCACUAGUAACAAUUUGGCAAGUGUUCCGGAAUUAAAUUCUAAAAAAGGACUACUUAAUUUACCAUUGUCACCUAAACCAAGGGAAAAACAUAAUACAAAAUCAGUACGUGAUAAAAUUGAACCAAUGGUCCCAAGAUCACCACCAAAAGGAGAAUCUGUUGUACGGUAUGCUUUGCCUAUUUUGUCAAGUAAGACAAAGGAUUUAAUACCAGAAGAUGAAAUGAUCAGGAAAAUUACAAAACAUCUGAAGACGGUUGUUUCUACUUUGGAAGAAGCCUAUGGAUUUAAUAUUGAAAAUGGAGUAAAGCCAGUUGUGAAACCUGAAGAUGAAGAAUUAUCUUUAUCUGUUGGGGAUGACAUGCAUUCAUUCGUGACAUUUUGUUCACAAUUUGCAGCUCAGCUAGAAGAAACAGUUAAGGAAGAACGUAAUAUUUUGGAAUCUCUUUUUAAGUGGUUUCAGCGGCAGGUCAAUCAGAUGGAGGAGAUAAGUAAAGAUCAAACUCUUUCAGAAGCAGAGCUUCCAGUACCUGAUAAAACAGUCACUUUAAGCACUUCACAAAUAGUAAGAUGUGUCCAAAAACUUGAAGAACUGAGAAAUCGCUUUAAACAGAAGUCUGCAUACUCCUUGAAAGGUGUAUUGUCUAUACCCUUGGAUAAAGAAAAUCCACCAAAAGCAGUGAAAAGUUAUGAAACUGUAGAGCAGAAAAUUGAAGAAUUCUUAAAAACCCACUCAACUAAGGAAUCUAUAGAUGCUUCUGCAUCUGAACCACAAACUGCUUAUUCUAUGACUGCUCGAUUGAAUGCCAUGUUGAAAAUAUUUGAGAAACAGUCAAAUAUGUUAGAGAGAUCUCUAAAUGAUCAAAGUUUGUUAGAGGCUAAAUACAAACAGAUGAAAACUGAUUUUGAUUUGUUAUCAGAGGAAAAAUUGGUGCUGGAAAAUGAACUACAAAAAUUGAAGGAUACGGAGAAAACAAAACCUAAACAUGACCGAACAAAGAAAGCUUUAAAAAUGGAGAAGAAAAAAGACAAAGGAAAAUUUGAGGAUUCAGAAGAAGGGAUGUCUCCAGACAAGCAACUUAAAAUGAAAGAAGAUUUGCUUCAAGUCCAGAAAGUAGCACGUACUCUGGAAAUUGAGAACAAAGUUCUUCAGGAACAACUGAAACAGGCUUUACAGGAAGUGGAAAAAGCUAAGCAUCAACUUGCCUAUUUCCUAAAUCAAAAGGAGUUACUUAAAAGUGAGGAGAAGACCAAGACAACAAUGGAAGUGGAUAUUAGUAAAAUGAAAAUGAAAGGUGAAGAUUCAAACAAUAUGCCAGUAGAGAAAGAAACAAGAAAAACAAUUGUGUCAGUCUCAGGUGGACAAAAGGCAAAUGAUAAAAUCGAAGAACAUCCACAGACCUCAGUUGUCCAAAAUGGAAGACCAAUUGAAGAAAGCUCAGAGAAGAAAAGAUCUAGCCCUGCUAUUUCAGAUCAUUCACAGAUCCUCAAGUCUCAAGAGAAGUCAGCUAUGUUAGAGAAUUCAAUGGAAGUUUUAGUUUAUGAAGACCUAUCCACUACAUCUCCAUCACAGAACAAUGGUAAAUCAUUGACAAAAAUAUCAUCCAGCAGAGAAAUUCAGAAUUCACUGUCUAUGAGAACAUUGCCUCAAGGGAAUGAAACAGUGACAACAUUCACUUCACUUCCUGCUCUUACUAAAAGAGAAAAGGUUCAUGUUUCAGAAGAGAAAUUACAAACGAAGACUGAAAAUCAAACUUCCCAAGCAGAAAGAGAAUUUCCAGCUUAUGAGGAAGUAUCAGUUGAAAAUAUUAUGCUUAAGAAUAAAGAUUCAGUUUCAAAAAUCCAAAUACAGCAAUUGAAAUUAAGAACUUCUAGGAUGGAUAGACACAGGAUAACAUUUUUAAUAACGUCACAAUCUCCUGAGGACCUGGUUUCAGCUUCAAAAAGCCAAGCUCAAGCUGAGGAUCUUGAAGCUAUCAGAGAUGAGAAUUUUCAUAUGCAUGGUAAAAUGGAGAAACACCUGAAUCUGGUCAAGGAGGAGCUGUUGGCACCUGAGCUGAAUGUCAACAAGGAGUGGGAUGCCCUGCUAUCUCAUGAUGAAGUACCAAAUGAAAAUCUUAAGCUUGAGCAUCGAGAUUCAGUGUCAGAAACCCAACUGAAAGAAAAGAAACAAAGAGCUUCCAGAAUGGAAAUACAUACUACUCCUGAUGAAGUACCAGAUGAAAAUCUUAAGCUUGAGCAACGAGAAUCAAUGUCAAAAGCCAAAUUGCAAGUAAAGAAACAAGAAACUCCUAGAGAGGAGAGAUUCACUACUCAUGAUGAAGAACAGGGUGAAAAUCUUACACUUAAGCAUCAAGACUCAGUGUCAAAACCAGAAAUCCAAGUGAACAAGCAAAUAACUCCCAAAGAGGAAAGACACUCUGUACCAGAUGAAAAUCUUAUGUUUGUGCAUCAAGAUUCAGUGUCAAAACCCCAAACGCAAGAAAAGAAACAAACUUCCCAAGAGAGAAGGCGCAAUACAUUUCCUUCUGAAACCCAGAAAAAGGAUGUAUCACUUGAAAAUCUAUUGCCUGAGGAGAAAAUUUUAUUAUCAAGAAGCCAGUCUCAAACUGAGAAACUUCAACCUGCCAUAAAUGAGAGUCUCAGCAGUAAUGAUGCAGCCUCAGAACUUCCAGAUGCAGCAGAAAAUCUUCCAGAAUUGCAUCCAUCAAUUAGUGACAUAAUAUUUCAAUUAGAUUUAAACAAAGUGGUUGAGACUGAUAUAGAACUCUUGAAAGAUGCUUCUGGAAGACGUUUCUUAAAGAGUGAAUUCAAGACACAAUUAAAACGUAUCCCUGGGGCUGAUAUAGAAGAAUUGACAGAUUCAGCUGGGAGAGAGAUAAUAAAUAAUGAAUUCAAAACACAAUUAAAGACUCCUCUUGAGACUGAUACAGAAAUCUUGGCAGAUGUUAUGGGAAGAGGUAUAACAAAGAUGCCAAUCAAAAAACAAUUACAGAGUCACCCUGAUACUGAUUUAGAACACUUGACAAAUGCUGUUGGAACGGGUAAAAUAACUGGUGAAAUCAAGACACAACAGAAGAGUCACCCUGGUGUGGAUUUACUUAAAAACAAAGAUAUGCCCAUACAACAUCAGGAUAGAAUUUUUGUUAAGCAGAUCGUACCAAGUAAAUUCCCAACAAAAGUGGUCAAUUUAUCACCCUUUGACCAGCAAGGGGAAAGUUAUGAGUACUCACCCUAUGUGACUGAAUCUCCAAAAGCAAUUAAAAAAACAGCAAAGGCUGGUUCAGACAUUUCUAAAUACAACCGUCUUCCUUUACUGAAUAAGAAGCCUUCAGUUGCUCCACAAGCACUAUAUAAUCAUCACCCUGGUACAUUUCCUACAGAUAUUGUUUGA